UAUUCUCUGGCACAGUGAGACCGAGAACACCCUAACGCGAUUAGUCAGUGUUCUCUCAUUCGCAGUAGUGUUGGUUGUCUGGUGGGUACAUUCUAUCUAUCGUUCAUUGUGUCGUUUCGACGUUGUGUUGUUCACAAAACUGGGGCAAUUAUAGAAGUGAGAUUCAACAUCAGUCAAUACGAUCUUUACCAACAAAAAUUUCAUUCUGAUCCGUCAUAAUGGCAUCUCGACGAAAGAUUCUACUGAAAGUCAUCAUUCUUGGUGAUUCUGGUGUUGGAAAAACUUCUUUGAUGAACCAAUAUGUCAACCGCAAGUUCUCCAACCAAUAUAAAGCCACCAUUGGGGCAGAUUUCCUCACUAAAGAAGUCAUGGUUGAUGAUCGCCUUGUGACAAUGCAGAUUUGGGAUACAGCAGGCCAGGAACGUUUCCAGUCUCUAGGAGUUGCUUUCUAUCGAGGAGCUGACUGUUGUGUUCUAGUUUUUGAUGUUACCUCUCCUACUAGUUUCAAAGCUCUAGAUUCUUGGAGAGAUGAGUUCCUUAUUCAAGCAUCACCCAGGGAUCCUGAAAAUUUCCCUUUUGUAGUCCUUGGAAACAAGGUUGAUUUAGAAAAUCGAGCUGUUUCAACCAAGAGGGCUCAACAGUGGUGUCAUGCCAAAAAUGAUAUUCCAUACUUUGAAACUAGUGCAAAGGAAGGAAUAAAUGUUGAACAAGCCUUCCAAACAAUAGCUAGAAAUGCUCUGGCUCAGGAAACCCAGGUUGACCUUUACAAUGAAUUUCCUGAACAGAUCAAACUAACUCCAGGCGAUCAACGAGGAAAUGGUCGGCAAGAUUCUUGUUCAUGCUAGUUGGCGUAUUUGUUUCGAAAGUUUUUCGUAUU